GGUAUCGGACCUAUUAAACUAUUUCUCUGGGAAUCAAAAAAAUAAUUGUUUGAUUUAAAUAAAAUUACAUCAUGUCUUGUAGUAUUUUUAUAAUACUAUUAUUGUGUUGUACUUGGAUUGUGUUUGGUGAGGGUGUUGUGAUUAAUGGUAAAAGAGAAGGUACAACACUUCUACCAGUUAUACCAAGCAAUACAAUAUAUUGUGACCCACGUGAAUAUGUGACUGUUUCAUUGAAUGUUGAAUACCGAAAUGACACAACGUGCAAAAUUGAAGAAGCUACAAAUGAUCUAUUUCAAAGAGUUGGUGCAUGUAGUUUUCGUGGUCUUGCUAAUAAGAUUAAAAUUGCUUUGUGGACAAUAGUUGCAGAAACAAAAUUAUCACAUCAGUAUAAGGGCACGUUUCAAGUAUUAACUUUCCAUUCAGAGACAACCAAAAUUUACUUUUACAAAGAAACACAUUCAGUGAUCCCACUUGAUGUAUUUGACAGAGAGUAUUGUAACAUCGUAAGGCCAAAUGAAAAGAAUAAUAACAAUUUGAAGAUAAAAAAUAUUCGAAAUUCAGAAUACGUCAUUGAUGAGAAAGAAAAAUAUUCUGGUGAAUGGAUUGUACAAUAUUUCAAUAGUACAAAUCAAAAUUAUAUUAGUAAAAUAUACGACGUUACUUUCAAAGAAAAAAUUAAGCCUGGAAUGGUUGUAACUACAAUUAAAAAUUCUAAAAAUUCUGGAACAUGGUCUAAAUUUGAAUGCCGUGUUGACUUUGCCAGUAUUGGUCAAUGUUCAUUCCACGGACCAUCUGGUAUAAUAAUAAAUGAAGGAAUCGAUAAUAAUAGUAAAAAGUUCGAUUAUGAAGUGAUCAACACAAGAGCAAGUGGCCAUCCAAAAUGUGUAUUAACAAUUUACAAUCAAACAAUGCAUGAAGAGGGACAAUGGAAAUGCUCACUUCGUGAUGAAAAUCAGAUUGCAAAUGGCACAAAAAUUAUUGGUGAUCGAUUCAAAAAAUUAACAGUGAAUGUUUUUCAAAAAAUUGGAUCAGAUUUUGAUUUGAAUUGUACACAAAAUCACGAAUGGAAAUAUUGUGAUAUAGAACAUCCAAACGGUGAACGUACAUCUAAAAUUUUUAAUAAUUCACCUAUACCUAAUGUUAAAGAAGAGGAUAAAAUCUGUUCAAAAAAAUUUAAAAAUGCCAACAAACAAUUAAAUGGUAAUUGGACAUGUACUGUCAGUCGAGACGUAGAAAGCAUGAUAUAUGAAAAAACAUAUAUUGUUCGAGUUACAGAGGAUUUUGCACUAGCUGAUUUACGAUACGAAGAUGUCGCUGGAAUAAAUAAAACAAUACUAGAAGCACGUCCAUUUCCAACUGAUGAAAAUAAAAUGAAAAAUAUUACAAAUUGUGCAUGGACACAUCCACUUGAUAAAAAUUAUUUGAGUAACGAUAGUUAUUAUACUAUGACAAAUAACAAUAAUAUUUGUAAACUUAUAAUUAACUAUCCACAAGAAUAUGACAAAGGAAAUUGGACUUGCUCUAUGACAUUGAAAUCUUCGAAUGGUGCUUUGAAUAUUUUUUUUGCGGUAUUUGAUUUACAGGAUGUUGAAAUCUAUAAUCCAACGUUGUGGUGGUAUAUACUUCAUGGAUCAAUUGCUGUUUCGUUUCUUAUUAUUGCUAUAUCAAUUGUUUGGUGGGAUAUUGUUACUGCUGAAAGUAGAACCAAGCUUUUCGAUGCAGAAAACGAACAACAACAACAAAAACAUUAUAAGGAUUAGUUCAAUAUGGAUUAAACACUUUUUUUACAUAUAUAAUUAAAAAAUGAAAUUAAAAAUAAAAGAAAACAAAUUAUUUAAAUGAACUAAUUGUUGA